AUGUCUACUGUUCUCAACACGCUCACCCUCUCUUCCACCAUCUUCGUCACCCUUUCGACGGCGAUCCCCCAUAGCCCUCCAGACAUCCCAGGCGCCAUCCGUGGCCUCUCUGACUGCUCUCAAGAUGUGCUCUUCCCACUGCUCGGAACGAGCCUGUGCAAUCCUGCAGACUUCCCGUGCAUGUGUGUCGAGCUCGACCGCCUGGGUGCUCGUAAGGAGGUAUCAGAUAAAUGUCCUGAGCAUGUUGAUGAAUAUCAUGACUUCGCGGUAAACACCUGCGGCAACGCCGGUGUAGUCACCGUCACAGGUACCGCUGGCUCCGAAUCUGCCGUCUCAACCACCACUAUCCCCGUCACCAUCUCCACCGGCGGUCCUAUGAACGUCACCUCUGCACCCUUCAAUAACGGCACAGCCGUUGCUCCUACCAAGACCGAGACUGCCGUUCUUCCCUCUGAGACCAGUCAGGGUAACGGUACUUCGGGCGGCGGUUCAGGAGGUUCUAGCUCUAGCGGCUCAGGGUCACCUGGCUCAGGCGAGGUUGGCCCUGGUUCUGGCGGCAGUGGCUCUGGAGGCGAAGGAUCUGGCAGCAGCCCUACUCAACCUGAGAACCCAGAGUUCUCUGGCGCCGCUGUGUCGGAGUUCGGUAACGGAAAGAUGGCUACAUUCGCUGGUUUUAUUGGUAUGAUGUGGCUCGCCUUCGCCGAACUGUAA